CCGGGCCCCCGGGGGACAGAGAGGGGACUCUCCCAGCCCCCGGACACUGGGAGCCGGCCGGGAUGGUGCUGCGGAGCGGGCUGCUCGAGGUUCGGAGCCCAGAGCCGGAGCCCGAGCGCUGGCGGCGGCUCCUUGCCUCCUUGUCCGAGGACUCGCUGCGGCUGAGCCCGGCCGGAGCUCCCACUGGACACGGCCUGAGUAACGGGGACAGCGAGCCGCCGCCGCCGCCGCCUCUCCCUCCUCUCCAGGCGGACUCGGAGCCCGGCUCCGGCCGCAAGCGCACGGUCCGCAUCGUGAAGCAGGAGGCGGGGGGUCUGGGCAUCAGCAUCAAGGGCGGCCGGGAGAACCAGAUGCCGAUCCUCAUCUCCAAGAUUUUCCGCGGACUGGCGGCCGAUCAGAGCGGGGAGCUGUUUGUCGGAGACGCCAUCCUCUCGGUUAACGGCACCGACCUCCGGGAAGCCUCGCACGACCAGGCGGUACAGGCGCUCAAGAAAACCGGCAAGGAGGUUCUGCUGGAAGUGAAGUACCUGAAGGAAGUGUCUUCGUAUUUCAAGAACACCUCGGUGGGUUCUGCCCAGAGCUGGGAUUCCUCAUCCCCCCCUGGGAGUGGGGGUAACUCUCCAGCUGGUCUGUAUUCCCCCCCACAUGGGGACCUGGAGCAGGAGAAGACCAUCCCCUUGAAAAUGUGUUAUCUCCGGAGGAAAGUCCGAGCUCCCGACCAGGAGAAGAGGUACAUUGACCUCUCGUCUGCUGAUGGAAAGUCCUCUGUGUCUCUGCGGCUGAAGGAUAGUGCCACUGCCCAGUCAUGGUUCAGUGCCCUUCACGGUAAUGCUAGUGCCCUCCUGCCUGUGGUCAAAGCUGAGAUGAGAACCCUGGCUGGGAACUCGGGUGUAGCUGGCAGUAAAGAAAUUAAACACGUGGGCUGGCUGACCGAGCAGGUAUCUGGUGAUGUGGAGAAACCUAUCCUGGCCAUUCUCACUGAGAAGGACUUGCUGUUGUACAACAGUUUACCGCAGACCAGAGAGAUUCUGAACAACCCCAGCUCCAGGCACCCCCUCAUAGCCACCAGGUUGGUUCACUCAGGUCCUGCCAAGGGCUCCUUUUUGGCAGACUCCUCCGAGCUGUCCUUUGUCCUGAGAGCUGGCACCCCACAUGGCGUGGAGACCCACCUGUUCUGUGCAGAACUCCAGUCGGAUCUGUCCGUGUGGACACGCCUGCUGGUCGAUGGCUGUCACAGCGCUGCAGAGCUCAUCCAGGAGGUAGUCACAGCGUGUACCUGGAAUGGCCAGAACUGUAAACUCACUGUGCACUUGGACAAAGGCUUCACCAUCUACCAGGAUGCUGCUGAGGUGGGCAGAUCCAAGGUUCUCCUCAGCCAACCCUUUGAGAAACUUCGCAUGUCGUCUGAUGAUGGAGUCAAAGUGCUGUUCCUGGACUUCGGGGGCCCUGAGGGGGAGAUUCAACUCAACCUACAGUCGUGCCCAAAAACCAUCGUCUUUAUCAUUCACUCAUUCCUAUCAGCAAAGGUGACUCGCCUUGGUCUCCUGGCCUGAGGAUGAACUCUGACGAUGGAUUGUGAGGACGAGUCGGGUGGAUGGAAUGGAGAUUCACUUGGAUCAACUGACCAACAAUGCACGCAAUGAACGCAAAUUAAUACUUCAUUGGAAGUUGUGUUUUUAAUCUGUGACAGAAGUUACAUUUCCCUUUUGCAUAUGCUGAUUUACUAAGUUCCUGUUACUAAACUUCAUCCCUUCAGCAGUUCCCAGUCAUGUUGUGUUGGUAAUUAGAUUGAGGGCAUCUAAGCAGGACACUGACUGAAGUAAUCCAGAGUUUGCAUCCACUGCAACUAAUCUGAGAAUUUUUAAAAACCUAGUAAUGGAACACUGGGGACUCAAUAACUAAGUGACAUUGCAGCUGUUAGUGUGUUGUAGUGCCAGUUGGUUCACUGGUCUCCUUCAGGGAAGGACAUCUGAUGUUCUGACCUGGUUUGGCCUGGUCCCAUGUUACUCCAGACCCGCAGCAAUGGCGCUGUCUCCUAACCAGCCUCUGAAAAGACCCGAAUGAGCCCCUCAAUCAGAUCAAAGCUGCAAUAACGAAUAACCAAAGUCUGUCAUGCUUUGUCAAAACAAAUCUUCAGAUUUUUCAUGCUUCCCAUAACAAAAAAAAAUCUGUCAAGAUCACAUUGUGCAAAUAAAAUGUUUCUCUGUGAAUUUCUCAGGCAGGAGAUUUAGAUUAGAGCAAACAGAAAUCCUUCAGAGUGCCACUGUUUGUACCCUUUAUCUAUCCCCCAUCAAUAAUUGUUACUUAGUUGGGGUUAGCUCUGGGGAAUGACUAAAUAUUCCAGGAUUACACUAAAGGAGCUUUUUGUGUCUAAUCUUUCUCAACCUGGUUUCUUGAGGAGGCUAAUCAUGAUAUGAGCUUGAUAGCGGUCAUGGGUAUUCGGUACUGGACGGGUAUUAAUCCCCUUCCACACCUACCCCCUCCCACUUUCUGAAUUCCUAUUACCUGGGCACCCGAACUCCCCUAGAGCCUUCAGUAUGUCUCUCGGAUCAACGUAUGUCAGGUAGGCUGAGCUAUAAUGUUCCCUAACUCAAUGUUUCUGCUGUAUGUGUUGUUAGCUGAGUGUCACGGCCCCAGUCCAGUUGUUAUGCCUCCUCCCCAGUCUAGGCCCCAGUGUAUUUGCUGCACAUAGCUUGGUAAGCUGGAGACCUUGGUGUGGGUCCAUUGCUUUGGCUGCUUUCUGUAACAUCAGCUCAUUGUUUGGCUGUGAUCAUUGUGAAGUUAUGAUUCAGCCAGAGGCCAGGCUGCCCUUGCUGUUCUCCAGGCCUUUGAUCGUUUUUUCCAGUUUCUCUGAUAGAUUGUAUACAAUGCCUUUGUUAUGGUGCCAAGCUUACAGACUCGUCAAUGUUGAAAGAACAUUUCCUUUUAUAAACACUAAUUCUUCCCUCUGUCAAAUGAGCACUUGCAGUAUUAGACUUGAUGCCCUGGUGAUAUUCUUUUUAUGUUAUGAACUUUUAAAAACUAUUUCUGCCCACAUCAGGCUGUAGAGAUCAGAACGAGGUGUUACCAUAACCAUGGCAAAUACUCCACCCCCACUCUCCAAGAGUUGGAGAUCAGUCUCACUCGAUGGAGAUCCCAGUGGUCUGAUCAAUUCUCAUAUCAUUGUGAUAUUCUUCAUUUAAUUGGCCAAUUAACUCCAAAUGUUUGUUAAGGACAUUGUUUUAAUCAGUGACAGAGUAUGAUAUUUCCUCUCUUUUUUAGAGCCCCCCCCCCCUCACUUUUUCUCUUCCUUUGCAUCAUCUCUCUCUCUCUCUGCUUAAUCCCUCUUCAUCUCUCUACCUGUUCCUUCUCCCUUCUCCUCUUCUUUCUCUUCCCCCUCCUUCCUUUCUCUCCCUCUUGCUGUCUCUCUCUCGCAUAUGGUUUAUGCCCACCCCCUCCCCUCCCCCAGACCACUAUCCUGCAGUAAAGGUCCCUCGAUUGAUACGUCGCCCGAUCAGCUCGGAGCACCUAAGCAUCUUGAUAUUCAGGGAUCAGAGGGAGACAGGUUGAAGGAGAUGAACCAGAGAGGGAGACGCGAAUUGGCUUUAGUACAGCAAAUAGUUGCGAUUUGGAAACUGCAGCGUGAAGGAACAUUGGGCAGAGAUCCAGGAGGGAAUGGGAUAAAUACUUCGAAAGAAAUAAAUAAAAAGGCAGAAGAUUGCAGAAAGAGCAGGAGAAUGGGACAUUUUGGAUGAUUAUUUCAAAGAGCUGUCCUGAGGACGAUGGGUGGAAUGGCCUGCUUCUGUUCUGUAGAAUUUGAAAUGAGAAACUCCUGACAGCUCUUCAGUCAGUCAUCCUGGGACCAGCUCUAACACCAGCUAAGCUCUGUCACUUCCUAAUUCACAGCCAAACAAUGACAUGACAUCAUUUCAAACAGUUACAAUCAAACAGGAACUUAUCUUUUGACCUUUGCUUCUAAGAGUUUAUAUCUCACAGCAAUGUUUGCAAAGAAGCUUUGUAUAUUACAUCAUAAUUAAUUUAAGAAUGAGCUUUGCUGGUUUCAUUGUAUAUACCUUGGAUGUGGAAUUAAAAUCAAAACAUUUAUUAUCUGUGGGAAA